AUGUUGAGAAUACAAAGGUUGUCUUGUUUUCUUAUUUGGAUGAAUCCCUUUUGGAUUCAACUUUUGUAUUUUCUAUUCAUUUCAUCUUUUGGGUUUUUUAUUUUGGUUGUUUUAAAUCCAAAAACUACUUCCAAUAAUUCUUUUAACCCAAAGAAAUUAGAUCUUUUCUUCACCUCUGUCUCAGCUUCCACAGUUUCAAGCAUGUCAACAGUGGAAAUGGAGGUUUUCUCAAAUUCCCAACUCAUUGUUUUGACAAUUUUAAUGUUUAUAGGAGGUGAAGUUUUCACUUCCAUGGUUGAACUUCAAUUAAGGAAGUUCAAGCUCAAAUUUUCUGAACAAAAAAUUGCUUGUGUUUCAAGUGAUUUAAGUGUAGAAUUGGGAAUUGUUAGGAAUAAUAAUACUUUAGAUAUUAUUAUUCUAAAAUACAAUUCAAUAAAGUUUUUGGGAUUUGUAGUACUUGGUUAUCUUCUAAUUUUCAAUUUCUUAGGCAUAGGAAUGGUUUUAAUUUAUUUCAAAUUUGUUUCAAGUGCUAGACAAGUCUUGGAACAAAAAGGUUUAAAACUAUCAACUUUUUCAAUUUUUCUCAUAGUUUCAACUUUUGCAAGUUGUGGGUUUGUACCAACAAAUGAGAACAUGAUAGUAUUUAAGAAGAAUUUAGGUUUACUUAUCAUACUUAUUCCUCAAGCACUUAUUGGAAAUACAUUGUUUCCUUCUUGUUUGAGGAUUUGUAUUUGGAGUUUAGGAAAAUUUAUGAAGAAGAAGAAAGAAAUUGUUGGGUUCUUGUUGAAAAAUAGUGAAGAAAUUGGGUAUUUACAUUUGCUUCCAAAGCUACAUUCAUUGCUUUUGGUUGGGAGUGUUUUAGGGUUUGUUUUAAUGCAAUUUGUAGCAAUUGGAGCAAUGGAGUGGAGAUCAAAUGCAUUAAGUGGAUUAAAUUGUGUUGAGAAAUUGAUUGGGAUUUUGUUUUUGAGUGUAAAUUCAAGACAUAGUGGUGAAUCCAUUGUUGAUCUAUCAAGACUCUCUUCAGCCAUCUUGCUUCUCUUUGUUGCCAUGAUGUAUCUUCCACCUUACACUUCUUUCAUGCCAAUAAAAAUUGAUGAAGGAGAAGAAGAAGAAAAUCAAUUAUUGGAAGCCAAUAAAAGAAGUAGAAAAAUUAAAAGGGCAAAAUUUAUGGAUAAUUUUGUCUUUUCCCAACUCUUUUAUCUCAUCAUCUUCAUCUUUAUUAUAUGCAUUACAGAGAGACAUAAUAUCAAGGAAGAUCCUCUCAAUUUCAAUAUUUUCAACAUUAUUUUUGAAGUUAUCAGUGCAUAUGGAAAUGUGGGGUUUACGAUGGGAUAUAACUGCAAAAGACAAAUUCAUCCUCAAAGCAAUUGUGCCGACAAAUCGUUCGGGUUUUCAGGAAAAUGGAGCGACAAUGGAAAGGUGGUUCUUAUUGUCGUCAUGAUCUUUGGACGACUAAAGAAGUUUAAUAUGAACAAACAAAGACCUUGGAAGCUUCUCUAAAUAAUCUUUGACCCACGUGGAAAUAACACCUUUAUUUGUAAUUAAAAAAAAUUGUAACUUUGCCUAUCGUAAUAUUUCAAAAUA